GAAGCAAGUAGGCGUAUCAAACAGGCAUAAGAGGUUUCCCCGGUGGGAGGAGUUAACGCUAGUGGGCGGUACAUGGGCGGGGUUGAGACGAGUGGAGGGCUCCAGAGGGGCAGGCCGGAGCCUCGGCGGAUGGAGGGGCCUUCUCCUUAGAAUCAGAACAAACGUCCAACCCGGGGCCCUGGGCCCGCAGACAUGGAGCUGGAGGACGGCAUGGUGUACCAGGAGGACCCGGGCAGCUCGACUGUUAUGUCUGAGCGGGUGUCGGGUCUGGCGGGUUCCAUAUACCGCGAGUUCGAGCGGCUGAUCGGCCAAUAUGAUGAGGAUGUGGUGAAGGAGCUGAUGCCCCUGGUAGUGGCGGUGCUGGAGAACCUGGACUCAGUAUUCGGCCAGAACCAGGAGCACGAGGUGGAGCUGGAACUGCUCAGGGAGGAUAACGAGCAACUCAUCACCCAGUACGAGCGAGAGAAGGCGCUCCGCAAGCAUGCAGAGGAGAAAUUUAUAGAAUUUGAAGACUCCCAAGAGCAGGACAAGAAAGAUCUUCAGUCCCGAGUGGAAAGUCUGGAGUCACAGACCAGGCAACUUGAGCUCAAAGCAAAAAACUAUGCAGAUCAAAUCAGUCGGUUGGAGGAGAGAGAGGCAGAACUAAAGAAAGAGUACAAUGCCCUCCAUCAGCGGCACUCGGAGAUGAUCCAUAAUUACAUGGAACACUUGGAACGUACCAAACAGCUUCAGCAGCUACUAGGUGGCGACCAAUUGGAAUCUUCCUUGCACAGCAAAAUUCGGAAAGAGCGUCCAAUCUCACUCGGAAUCUUUCCACUGAACCCUGGGGACUCUUUGCUCAUACCUCACAGCCAGGGUUCUGAGACACCAGGGAACGGUCCAUGGAAACACCCAGAUCCAAACCAUCCUUGCUGCAAUACCAGUUUGAAGGAGGAAAUCUUAAAUAUCAGCCAAGCAGUUCCAAAAACUGGUGGCUCUGACACUGACAGUAUGGUUCACUCUGCCUCAAAGCCACACAAGGACGACAUUAUUAUGAAGUCCAAGUCGCAUAAAGAUGAUGUCUUGAAGGCAAACUUGGCAAACAACAAUGUCCAGAACAGCAACAAGAGUGAUGGUACUCGGGAAGCCACAGUGCCAACCACUGUUUCUGAAGAUACCAAUGACAACAAGGAAAAAUCUGAGGUUCAGUCAAUCAUUGAGUCAACGCCUGAGCUGGAUAUGGGCCGAGAUCCCAAAGGAUAUCAAUUAACUAGCACUCCAACGAAAGGCAUAGAAAAUAAAGCGUUUGACCGGAACACCGAAUCGUUAUUCGAGGAGCUGUCAUCUGCUGGGACUGACCUUAUCGCUGAUGUUGAUGAAGGAGCAGACUUGCUUGGCAUGGGCCGUGAAGUGGAAAACCUUAUCUUAGAAAACACCCAGCUUCUAGAGACCAAAAAUGCCCUAAACGUUGUCAAAAAUGACUUAAUAGCCAGAGUGGAUGAGCUGGUGUGCGAGAGGGACGUUCUGCAAGGGGAGCUGGGAGCUGUGAAACAGGCCAAACAGAAGCUGGAGGAGAAGAACAAGGAGCUGGAAGAGGAGCUAAGAAAAGCCAGAGCGGAAGUGGAAGAAGCUCGACAGAAGGGAAAAGAUGAAGAAGACAAUGAUGUCCCUACGGCACAGCGGAAGAGAUUCACCCGCGUCGAGAUGGCCCGGGUGCUGAUGGAGAGAAACCAGUAUAAAGAGAGGCUGAUGGAGCUGCAGGAGGCAGUUAGAUGGACAGAAAUGAUCAGAGCGUCUCGAGAGAAUCCUGCCAUUCAAGAAAAGAAGAAAUCAAGCCUUUGGCAGUUUUUCAGCCGACUGUUCAGCUCUACGGCCACCGCCUCUAAAAAGCCAGACACUCCUGUGAACCUCAAGUACAAUGCGCCAACCUCACAUAUCACGCCAUCCGUCAAGAAGAAGAGCAGCGCUCUUUCCAAACUUCCUUCUGACAAGUCCAAAGCCUUUGACUUUCUCAGCGAUGACCGUUCUAGUGGGAACGAAACCACAUCGCGCCGAGAACAGAAGCGCGAGCAGUACAGGCAGGUGAAGGCUCAUGUACAGAAGGAAGAUGGGCGGGUGCAGGCAUUCGGCUGGAGUCUUCCUCAAAAAUAUAAGCCGGUGGCAAAUGAAGGACAGAAUGAAAGCAAAAUGAGGAAUCUUCCCGUCCCUGUUUACCUGAGGCCUUUGGACGAUAAAGAUACUUCCAUGAAGCUAUGGUGUGCUGUGGGAGUCAACCUGUCUGGUGGAAAGACGAGAGAUGGAGGCUCAAUUAUUGGCGCUAGCGUUUUCUACAGCGACGCCCCUGGAACAGCGCUAGACGGCCAAAAACCCCGCACUGACUCUCAGAGCAGUUUGGAUAAACUUGAGCAGGAGCUUAAGGUACAGCAGAAGGAACUUCGGCAUCAGGAUGAGCUAUCAAGCCUUGUGUGGAUUUGCACCAGUACUCAUUCCUCCACUAAGGUCAUCAUUGUGGAUGCCAAUGACCCAGGGAACAUGCUGGAUAGUUUUAUCGUCUGUAACUCUCACGUCCUCUGUAUUGCAAGCAUUCCAGGGGCAAUGGAAACCGAUUACCCCACAGGAGAAUCUUCAAAGCCGGAAUCAGAAACAGGCCAGACAGAUAAAACAUCACUGUCUGAAAGUCUGCAGAGCAGCGGGUCCUCGGGGGCGGAGAAUAUUGCAGUGGGAGUCAGAGUGGGAGGAGCAUCCCCGGAAAACGUAGAGCCCUGUGCUGUUCAAGCACCAAGCGUCCUACCAGCUGAAGAGGAAAUCAGUGAAGAUCCCGAUUCCGCAAGCCAGCAGCUGGACGACAACGUGGCGACCGCUGAAGAAGCAACAGAGGAAACUGAAGCCGGAACUGGCUCCAACGAUGAAAUGGCUGACAUUUCCCAAACAGGAGUUUAUACAGAGCAUGUGUUUACUGAUCCCCUGGGUGCACAGAACACAGCAGAGGACACAUCAGGCUACCAGCCUAGCAAUGACUCUGACCUGUAUAAAGAUGGUGUUGCCACAUUGCCAACUGAGCAAGACCUGAUGAGGGAGGAAGCCCAAAAAAUGAACAGCUUGUUGCCUACAAUGUGGCUCGGAGCCCAAAAUGGAUACUUAUACGUCCAUUCUUCUGUUGCUCAGUGGAAGAAAUGUCUUCUGAACAUCAAGUUAAAAGAUUCCGUCCUCAGCAUUGUACAUGUUAAAGGAAUAGUAUUAGUUGCUCUAGCUGAUGGGACGCUGGCAAUCUUUCAUCGAGGAGUUGAUGGCCAGUGGGACCUCUCAAACUAUCACCUCCUUGAUUUUGGUCGACCUCACCAUUCCAUUCGCUGCAUGAGUGUGGUGCAUGAGAAGGUGUGGUGUGGGUACAGGAACAAAAUUUACAUCGUGCAGCCAAAAACCAUGAAAAUAGAGAAAUCAUUUGAUGCCCAUCCAAGGAAAGAGAGCCAAGUUCGCCAGCUGGCAUGGGUUGGAGAUGGUGUGUGGGUCUCUAUCAGGUUAGAUUCAACUCUGCGGCUGUACCAUGCGCACACAUACCAACAUCUGCAAGACGUGGACAUAGAACCCUAUGUCAGUAAGAUGCUUGGUACAGGAAAGCUUGGCUUCUCCUUUGUGCGGAUAACUGCACUCAUGGUGUCUUGCAAUCGCCUUUGGGUAGGCACAGGCAACGGUGUGAUCAUAUCCAUUCCUUUAACAGAAACCGUAAUACUGCACCAGGGACGGUUACUUGGGUUAAGGGCCAAUAAGGCAUUAACUGGCUCGGGAAACCGGCCAGGCAGUGUGAUACGCGUCUACGGGGAUGAAAACAGCGACAAAGUCACGGCAGGCACAUUCAUUCCGUAUUGUUCAAUGGCGCACGCCCAGCUGUGUUUCCACGGGCAUCGCGAUGCGGUGAAGUUCUUUGUUGCUGUUCCAGGUCAGGUCCGGGGUUUCAACGGCAGUGGAACGUCUGAAACAACAGCAGAAAAGGUGGGAGGAUCACAACAAGAAUUGUCCGUCCCAAGUCAGCCCAAAUCCUUGUUGGUGAUGAGCGGAGGGGAGGGGUAUAUUGACUUCAGGAUGGGGGAUGACGGGGAAGACUCGGAACUCUUAGACGAUUCACUACAGUUCGAACCUUCUGUGGCCAAAGUAGAAAGGAGUCACCUAAUAGUCUGGCAAGUCCUGUGCAGCAACGAAUGACCCGCAGGAUGGACAAAACACUAUAUAUGAUUUUUUUUUUUUUGCAUGUUUUUUUUUUUUCUUUUACCUCCUUUUAUCGGAUAUUUUAACAGUUGAUAUCUGUAUAAAAAAAAAAAGUAUCAUGGUAUUAACAUGGAAAGUACUGCUGUAACAGACAGAAUCUUGUUCCACAGAACUUUCCCAGCAUCCCCUAUGCAGGGGCAUAUCAGUAGUCCUUUUUUUGGCACAAUGGUUUUUAUUUUUUUUUUUUUUUUGUAAUGAUCUGCCAGUUGCUGCAAAACUGUCACUCCAAUAGGGAUUUGAAGUGUUUAAGUUCAGCAAAGUCAGGGGGUGGCACUUUCAGAAGAUCAUGGAACACGUUCCAUCAGACACGGGCGUAUUUCUGCUGCUGAUUGACAACUCCCAGCAUUGUUGACAGGGACAGUGGGAGUUUUCUAUUUAGAGGGAGCCUGCACAUUGGAUGUCUCUUCCUGACAGAUCCCCCCCCUACGGUUUCCUGAGCAAUUUCUGUAACAGUUGCUGCGACUAAAAACAUUGCACAAGCGGCACUUUCUGUUCUCAACAGAUCUGCACUUUGGGGUAAGUCCCAAAUAAAGUCACAGAUUGUUUCACUUUUUGUUUAAAAAGCAUACCUCUGAUUUAAUGGGCCUGUUACAGGGAAAGCCCCCGGGUAAAGAUGGCCAUACAGGGGCCAAUAAAAGCUGCCGAAAGACCAAGUCGGCAGCUUAUUGGCCCGUGUAUGGGGGCCCCCGACGGGCUUCCCCGAUCGAGAUCAGGCCGAAAGUCGGCCAGAUCUCGAUCGGAUGGGACUAAAAAUCCCGUUGGAUCGGGAUCUAUUUGUUGAUGCGGUCCCGCAAACCGACUGCCCGUUCCCGUUUGUUAGGAUCAGCCCGAUAUUGGCCACCUCAAGUUGGGCAUAUCGGAGAGAGAUCCGCUCGUUUGGCAACAUCGUCAAACGAGUCUUCCAGCCAAACUAGUUGGGAAGGAUUUACAAAGCUGCCGACAGUCACAUGACCUGAUACAGCAGCCCUGUAGUUGGUCUUUAAUCGGCCUUAGUUGCCCUAUUAGUGGGUCUAUAUAUUUCCUUCAUUUUAUAUAUUCAAAGGUUUUAGGCUUUAUUUGAAGACUAUCCGCUACCAAUUGCAGUGUCAAUCGAACAGUCCAUAUGUACUCUCUAAAGACUGAGGAUAACUCAAUCCAUAUCCUCAGUAUGAGUGUAUAGCUUAUUGUGUGCCCAGAACAUUCCUUCUCUGCAUAUUGUUUCCAUUAGACAGUACAUUAUAAGGGUAUAGCUUAUUGUGUGCCCAGAACAUUCCCUCUAUGUAUAUUUGUAUUUAUACAUAUGGGGAUGGAGGUUUCAUAUUGUUUCCCUUAGACAGUACAGUAUGAGGGUAUAGCUUGUUGUGUGCCCAGAACAUUCCUUCUACAUGUGAUUGGGCGCUCCCAUAUCAGUCUUCUAGGUAAAAUAGCAGCUGUCACAGCUGUCAGCCACAAGAAUGUUCUGAGCACACACUACGGAUGGAAUGUCCCGCAUGCCUAAUAUACUUUCUCCUCAUACUGAGAACCACUAAGCAGCGUCCAAUCAUAUGUAUAAAAACAACUAUACACAGGACCGCUAUGGGCACACAAUACGUUCUAACAUCAUGUUUAGGGUACUUUUUUAUCAAACACAGACGCGCCAUUGUUUCAAAUAGGGUAUUUUAUUUUUUUUUACAUCUAACUGAAUAAUGAGGACACCACUACAGGGAACUUCUUAAGUUCAGGAAGUUAUCAAAUGACUUUACCUUUUGAUACAAUAUAGAUCAAGUUAUUUCUGCUCAUUACUGUACAGGAAAUGGCUCCGACGCUCAAAUGUCUAAUUGUCGAUCUUCUUUUCAAAUACACAGCUGCAUUUGCCGUUUUUUACACUGACUGAAAUAAAAGCGCCACCUGCUAUUCAUUUUGGCCAACCACCCACAGACGGCAGAAACUUAAAUAAGUGAGAAGAGGGAAGUUGCUCUGCUUAGAACUGACUAGAGACAUGGCAGACAACUCUCUGCUCACCAACUUAAUCUGAACAUAUACUUUCAUUUGUUUUUAGGGUUUGCAUUCCCUUUAACAUGCUGCACUGUUUAAAUAAAUUUUGUGAAGUCCUGGUUCAGGUUGACCCCAAGACAUUAAUUUCACAGUAUUAUGCUUUUAGCUAGCUUACAGUUCAAGGGGAACUAAAGCCAUUUUGCCUAAGGAAAGAUGUCAUUUUAAGCAACUUUCUGAUAUGCAUUCUUUUAAAAAUGUUCAGUGCUAGAGAUGGGCGAAUAAAUGCGCCUGGCACUAAUUUGCCGCGAAUUUCCACGUUUCGCUGCCGGUGAAUAAAUUCGCAGAGGAAACAUUUUUGGACGCAUGUCUGAAAAGUCUCUUGUGUCAAAAUUGCAUCGUGUCCACACUAUUCGGAUGCCCAUUGACUUUAACGCCAUCUUCAAAAUUGACGUGAGCGAUUUAUCGGCACGGGCGUCAAUUUUCGAUUUUCACAAAUUUUUGGAGAAUUUUUCAGCGAAACGGGAGAAAUUUGCCCAUUACUAUUCAGUGCUUUUGAAGAUAAAUGCAAAACGUAAUUGGUAUUGACCGCAGUAUGGGCCUGUACUGCUGGUACUGACUACUGAAACAAUGUUGCAGAGCUAUUGAUAAAGUUGUAAUCUUGGGUUUACACCCCCUUACAUAAGUGUAUACGCACCCUGUAAGGCCAAAAACUUGGGGCGUGGGGGAGCCUUUUGCAGUUUGUAUAUAACACGUGACAGUUGAAGGACAAGUGUAUGGAGCAUUCUGGGGUGUAAUUAAGAGAAGAUAUGCUUAUGAAUUUACCGGCACUUUAUGUAAACUAAUCUUUCUGCAUAGAUACAUGAUUUACAUUUCACUUUUGUACCAUUUAUAGAAACCACUCAAGUGCACUAAAAACUUAGAGCUGCCUCUAAAAGGGGCAACAUUUGGGAGAGGCCAGACAUGGAGUAUAUUCCAGCCAUUUACCCUAUAGUAAGGGCACCUCCACAAUUUUUUGGCUGCUUUUAGAUCUAUUGUAAUGCUUAUAAAGCAGCGCAGCCGUUCUGUAUGUCUGGAGCUGAUGCGGUUAUUUCGUGGGCACCUGAGUUGCACUGGUGUAUGGAGUUCUGAUGAUCAGCAUAAUAUAUCCCGAUUUAUAAGUUGCCUAUAUUUUCUCCACCAAUUAAGUGACUGCAGAAUCUAUAGGGGGAUUGUUUGUGUGCAGAGUAAUGUAUAUUUAAAGGGAUAUUGUCAUGAGAAAAAAUGUU